UGCUAUUACACUCCACUGUAAAAAUGCAAAGUUGCACAGGAAGUCCUAUAAAUGAGAGUGGCUGGUUUGCUACUUAAGGUGCAAAUGUUUGGAAAGUACAGGCUAUGUUUUCUGCUAUCUUUGUGCAGGAACUUUUGCUUGCAACGUGUCAAAAAACAAAGCAGCCUCAUUCACCAGUAACAAAGAAAUAUUUAGGUUAAAGCAGCGCACAGUAGCAGUAAACACAAGCGUUUAACAAUAAGUAUAAGGUGCAGUGGCAGUAACAUGUAAUCAAAUCUGGCGAAUCUUGGCCUCCAGCCACAGAGUCUGUCAGAAUGAUUCAACUAUGUGACAUAGAUAAAAAGAUUUAAGCUCCUGUGGGCCAUAUUAACUGGUAUGCCAUUUAGCAGGGUUUCCCCUUACUGUGGAUGUCUGUUCAGAGCUGUAAAACUCGAUUCAGAUUUUAAAGUCACAAAAGUUAACAUGUGGACUUCACUUACUUGAGACCUGACUCGCUGAAGACUUGAGCUGAGUUGAGCGUUGAUAGCAAAAACAACCAAGUCUCAGGGUCACUGCUGGUCAGUUUCUACAGUCAGUUUCUCAGUGUUUGUCAUGUAUGUCACCUGUCGGUAAUCUAAAUACCAUCCUGGCAGAUUUUGUGGCUCUUCAGAGCUCUGCUGGUUGUCUCGUGCCAAUUAUCACACUUCUUUAAUAGCUGACAAAUUCUGCUGAUUAGCACCCAACCUUAUAUGACCCUCCUUUUUUGUAAAUGUGAGUUAAAAUACUUUCCCCUGAGGUUUUUAUAUGAUAUUGUCUACACCCUCUGAGAGUCAAGUUAACAGUUCAGCUGCAGGGUACAUGAUGCCAGUCGAAGCUAGUCUGAUGAGAAGAGUUUAGGCAGCAUCUCACCUUAUAACCUCAGCUGCUUCAUAUCACGUAGAUUUACUCAGAGCCAGGACUUCUCCAGAUGAACAUUCCCACACUCAUACUCAUCUUCCUCUGACAAGGCUAUAACUCAAGUUUGCGCUUGGACAGGUUUGGACUUAUUGUUAGCAAGUUUAACCGCUGCACCCAUCAUACUGUCCUCACAAGCUUCCGUGUCUGAGUGCAUGCGUGCGUGUGUGUGUGUGUGUGUGUGUGUGUGUGUGCAAACGAGAGAGGCGUGCAGCAUGUCAUAGUUCAACUUAUUUAUGUCUAUUUCACAAUAGAGCCUCAAUUUAGAUCAUCAAUUUUAAGUUAUGGAGCAGGAGGAAAAGACAAUGAAGAUUUGAUAAAGCCUUAAAUCUUCAAUACUUGUUUGUUUGGUAUAUCGGUCGUCUUUAAGGCUCAAGGACAUCUUGUACUUUAGUAAAAGCACACCUAAUGUCAUUACAUUUUACAGUAAAAAUUAGCAGGGUUUCCAGCUAGGGAGUUGUUUUAUUGGGGAGGAAAAUAUUAAUGUACUUUUAUGAAAUGCUGAAACUGGCAUCACAUCAGACAGACCAAUUUGCAAAUGCCUUCGCCAUCCUAAGAAAAAAAAAUAUCGUGAGCAGGAGGGUGACUAACAGGUGAACCUAGUGUAGAAUUUAGCAGCUGAAGAACCAGAUAUUUCCCUCAGGUGUUGGGUGGAGACCAAAAACAGAGCUAAAAGGAGCAUGAAUACUCAUCAUGAAUACUCAGUACUUGUGUACUCAUCAGGUGGCCAGAAUCCAAAUGAAUGCUUAUGUUGCUCUGAAACUUUUUUUAAUUUUAUUUACAGCUUGUUUCCAAAGACCAAAAUGGCCAGAAAAAUCAAUUAUUGCAGUACAGUAUAAAAGUCUGCACUGCAAUUUAAAAGGUAAAAAAAAAGCACGGUUUUAUUGUGAAGGUGGGCCAUCUCACCUUAAAAGAAGGCCACCUCUGCCCCCAUCCUAAAAAUAUUAUAAACGUUCCCGCAGCUCUGUGUAAAGAGGCAACUGAUUGGUAACAAUUUCCUGGGGUAAACCUUGUAGUAGGUAUUGGUAUUAGUGUAUUUGCAAAUACCUUAACAGAUAUACUUUCAACUCAAAGUUUGAGAUUACACAAUUUCUUUGUCUUAGCUCAUCGUGGCAUCUACUGCAAAGGCACUACACCUCAUUCAUUGUUCGGAUUGAACUGUAAAGUUAGUGUGUUUUGAAUAUUCAAACAUUCUUACAGCUCCUUUCAUGUUUCAGAUUUCUACAUUGAGCUGCUAGACAUUGAUUGCAUUGAAUUGAAAAGCUACAAGGUCUUAGGUAAAUCUUAAUAUAGAUUGUGAUUUUGUGUCACUGUUUGGUUUUUCUGCGUCCCUCUGUCAAACGAAGUGACGUAGCAUCACUCACCCAAGUGAAGCAAACACUGAUAAGCUGUGGAAUGUUUGUCUUAUAGCUAAUAACUCACCAGACUCUGUGGUGCCAAAACAAACAGAGGCUAUAUGCAGUUGGUCCGAUGUAGAGGAGAUACUGAUGUAGUUUUGUGUUCUUCUCUACAAAACCCAUAAUGUAGGGUGGGAAAUCAUUGCCAUACAUGCAACAAUGCAGUGUUUUUUUCCCUACUCACAUGGGUGGCCCCCACACUGUUGAGCAGCAUUAUCAAUCUUUCGUUUAAUAAUAAGCUCAUGAGAAUUCAACCAGGAGUUAAAUUUUAACCAUUUUACUCCUUUACAUCACCUGACAGCUCCAACAUGCAAAACGUACCUAUAAAUCAGUCAGAUUAGGUGGAUUUUCCCCUUCAAAGCACCCAAAAAUCUUUAAUUGGGAUUUUGUUGUUGUUUAUUCUUAUAGAAAAUGUCCUAUAAUGAGUAAUGAUGAUAGUAUACAGAUGGAAACCACCGCAGUAUUGAUUUUCUGGAAGGAGCUGUAUGAUUCAGUGUGACUCAUUUUCUUAGCUGAAGUCUGAAUAUUUUUAAGUUUGUUUUUUUUCGCCACAGGUUGUUCAUUAACUACGUGUAUAGAAGGUCAGCAUUUGGCAUAUUGUAUACUUGCAAAAUGACAUGACAAUAUUAUAUGUCAUUUAUUAACAAGCUUUUGGAUAAAUAAAAGCAUCUGUCAAGUGUUGUUUUACAGAUAUGCUUUGCAGAAAAGACUGUAGGAAGAAAACUCAGACACCACCUGUGGUACAUGUUUACUCUGACAUUAUAACGCUGCAGGGGAAACAGAAAUGUAUUAAAAUCUCCAUUACUUAAAAAAUUACACCUGAUACAGUUUUUUAUACAUCUUACAAGGCUGAAGUCAUACUGUUGUCAACCAUAUAGGGCAUUUACUCAUUUGACUGCUACAUGUUUACAUAAUGCAGAUUAUCCCCUGAACUGCCUGAGAAUGUUUGAUUAGGGGCUGAGAGCCAACAAGUAGCUGGAUUAAUACAUUUAGACAAAAGUUGUGGCUUUUCGGCUGUGUGGAAACAGAGUGUUUUUUAAAACUGACAAUUCAAUCUGAUUAACUGGGGGACUUUGUAUCCGUUAGUAACAAUGAACUAGGAGGAGUGUGUGCUCUUAAGGAAGGAAAAGCAGAGCGUUUGUUCAGCAAAACACUAUUGCACAGCAUUCCCUGCUAUAGCCCAGGUUUCCACUGAAAGGAAAGGGAGGGUCCCAGUAGAGAAUUGGGGGAAAUGUUUAACGCAGCAGACAGAUAUGUUGCCGUAUAUCAGAUCAGGAUGUGAGCAACAGAUAGGGUGUAGCUUUAGCCCCUUAUUCAGGGUCUGGCCUAGAGAGCUUAUUCUAAUAAAACGUGUUGUCAUAAAUGUUCCACUGGAGGGCAGACCACCCGCAAAAAAUGGUCCUUUUUUGCAAGGAGGUUGGAUGAAGUUCUAACAGGCUGCAAAUCCUUUACUGUCUGACUGCUCAGGAAUGCUGUCUUAAAUAGCAGGAUAGUACUAUCCCACUAUUGAAAUGUUAAUCUAAACACAAUACAACACAAGUGUCUAUUCCAUGUAGGAUUUAUCCUGCAUGCAGAGUUCAUUAAAUAAAAUUUUGUCAUUAAAAAAGUUCCGAUUGUAUAUAUAUGUAACACAAGCCUUUUGACAUAUCCAGUUUGGAUUAGAUUAUUGUUGUCUUACUCUGAGUUGAUGUACUGCACCUAAAGCCACGCUAGCUAUGGCUAUAGCGAUAGCAAUGUUGGUCAGUCUGUCCAGCAACUAGUUGAAACUGGGUUCUCUGUGCAUCUCCAGGCAAUAAACAGCUGAAUCCAGUUCUUCACAACUGUGAGGUUGACAAUAGUGGUUAAGAGUGAAAUUUCUUGAUGACUACUGGAUGGAUUGUUAUAAAUUGUAUAUUUUAUGUAUUAUGUAUUUUUGAGUGCUGAUUAACGAAUGUUAACAUGCUAAGACACUAGCUACGAUGGUGAACAUGGUAAACAUUAUACCUGCUAAACAUCAGCAUGCCAGCAUUAUCAUUGUGAGCAUGUUAACAUGCUGACAAUAGCACCGCCUCACUGUGUAAGUGUGUAAGUACAGCUAGCAUGGCUGACUAUAGAAAAACAGCAUUUUAUCAGAUUAACAGCCAUGUGAUUUAAAAAUGUCAUUAUUAAUGUUAAUUAGUUUUAAUAAGCUCCAAGACCACGAUGCUUGGUAAACCUAUGUAAGCCUGCUUCAUUACUGAAAACAUUAUUGCCCCAAGAUGUAGCCCAAGACUAUGAUACUGUAGUGACACUGCACUACUGACACUAUAGUUAAUUAUACUGUCCCAAAGUCCAAAGUGACCUCUUCAAAUUGCCAACAAUCCAAAACCCAUAUAUAUACAGUUAAGUAUUAAAUCCUCGUAUAUAAGUAGAUGGAACCAGUGAAUUCUAAGCUUUUUUGCUUGAAAAAUUACUGACACAAUGAAUCAAUUAUCAAAAUUGUUGCCGAUUAUUUUUUUAAUUUCUAAAACCAACUAACCAGUAAAUCAUACUAACUCUAAUGGUCUCACGUUAGGAGUCAACAGAAUUUUCCAGGGGAAAUCUAGCAAGAAUUCAAAUCACUGUAGCUGUCGUACAUUCAUGUAUUUUUCAGUAAAUUUCUUUCCACUUUUUGGACAUCCUGACGCUUUUUUUUCUCCCAGUUAGAGUAAUUGUGCCUCACGGUGCACACGAGUGUUGAAAGAGAUCAGCUUCUCUCAGCAGCGAUGCAGGAGUAUUUUCUGUCCAUGUAACAGACAGUCAGCCCGUGUCUAUGUGGUGUCUGUCUGCUUCUAUCUUGAGUAACUGGCUCUUUAAGGGAACAGCACUCAAAGGUAACAGCUAUGAGAUCAUCGGCUUGCGUCGUCAUGGCAACAAAGGCUGUUGCAGCACUACUGAGAAAUAAAAUGGCUGGCGUGGUGUCGCUCUCCCCUCCUCCUCCUCCUCCUCCUCACCCCUCCUUCCCUUCCUCUCCUCUUUCUCUCUGGUAUCAGUGAACUGGAGCAGAUUGGUUGUGACACCCCCCCCCCCCCCAUGCCCCAUCCUGCCCUCUCACUUUGCUCCUUAUUCUGUCCCUCCAACCGUCCAUUCACACUCCACACAUGUGAGUCAGCAGGAGUCUGCAGCUAGCAGGGGGCUGCCACUCUGGACAUGAUUAAGGUGAUGCUUUGGGUUUUUCUUUUUCAUUGACAGCUCCACACAACCUAGUUAUUGAAUCAACUGGUGGAAAGCACUGAUGAGGAAGACACAAAUCAGCACCUUUCCAAAUGAUUCCCUUUGGUUGUGAGACACCAAAAGAGGCAGGAUGGUGGUUUAAGGGGCCCCUCAUCUUUCUAGAGCAGAGCUAGUAAGACAGAGCGGGUGAGGGAACAGGAGAGGAUGGACGGUGAGGAUGGAAAUUUUGCCAAAGAUACAGAGCCUGAGCUAUUCCCUGGACAUCAUCUGAGGGCUGAAUAUUUUUAUUUCAUUCUUGUGUGUGUGCGUGUGUUUCGAGCUGUUGAUAUUUGCUCUCCUCUCUGCCUUAUGCAUGUCCUCGAUCUCGCUCCCUCUCUCUCUCUCCCUCUCUCUCUCUCUCUCUCUCUUGCAUCCUCCCCUCCCCUCAGCCUCAAUCACCCAGACACAGACGCAUGCAUGCUCACGCAGAAUUGCACGCAGCAGGCGGAUGCGCGCAUACACACUUUCUCUCACACACACACACACACACACACACACUCACACACCACACACACACACACACACAAAUACACACACACACACACACACACAUACACGUAUACACACACACAUACUCACACACCCUUCCUGGAGGUGCUGGGAGCAGCUGCAGCAUUAGCGUUGAAAGAGAUUUGCCGUUGACUGGAGUUUGCAUCCCCCCCGUUAAUGAAUGGAUGCUACGGCGAUAGGCUCCGGAGCUUCUUCCGUUGGAUUGCGGGAAACGGUGGAUAUCUAUUCUUGAAUUUAUUUAUUUAUUUCUUUGCUCUCCAUUUUUUUCUCCCCACCCUCUCCUGGUGUGCUGUUGUCGAAAGGACGAUGGGGUCUUGUGCUUGAUCGGAUAAAGAUGGAGGUGAACGUGGCGUCUCCGGUGCUUGGCAUACUAUUGAGGUUUCACUGCCCAUUAGGGUGAAUGGAGCUUUUAUUUCCGUUUUUUUUUUUAAGUGGGCUCUUUUGUUUUCCGUGGAUCGGCUGAGCACUCCUGUGGUGAAUUGGGCUAUUGUCGAAGACUGGGCCUCUUAAGCUUUGAAUCUUUGACUGUCCAUCCAUCCCCUCCCUUCCUUCCCCUGUUACCUUCUACUCAAAAGGAACAAGCGGAUCCCUAAACCUCCACUGAAAUCUCUCCUCACCGUCUUCCUUGCUUCCAAUGCCCCAUUUCCCUCAUCUCUACCCCUGCCCCCCCACCUCUCUCCUGCUCCCUCCUCCCACAUCAGAGCGGCUACGUAAUGUGCCUCCCUACGCAUGCAAAUGGGGAUGCUACAAAUGGUGGCUGGGACUGAUGCCGAUGAAAGGGUGAUGCCUCGCGCAAUCACCUGCACCUCCGCCGCUGCUGCCAUCGCUCCAGAUCAGCCUGGGAGAGCCCAGCAGCCGAUGACAACCAGCCACAGUGCGAACACAGUCGUUUGUAGCUUGCUCGUGGAUGUAAAUGAGACGUGUGUAUGUGUGUGAAGGUGCACACCGGUUCCUGCCAUGUCUGGUGUGUGAUCGCUCUAGCGGGACGUUCUUACUGAUGCGGGGGAGGCACUGAGCCUGAGGUUGGCCGACCUCCCCCUGCACACCCCCCCUUUCCCAUCUCCCUCCUUCCUUCCCUCCUCCCCAUUCCAUCACUCUCCCUCCUUUUAUCCCAGAAGCCCAUGGGGGUGAAGGCCACCUGGUAAAGGGGUCACGAUGAAGAAGAACCGCAGCAGCAAUCUGCGACGGGCCUGGCCCAGCUCGGAGCUUACCGAACGCCCGCUGGAGCACAAUCUCUCCCGUAGUGAGAAAGACAUCCAUGUGCAGAAGCAGCAUCUUCCUCCCCCUCCUCCUCCUCAUUUCUCUCCGUCCCCGCCAAGUUAUCGUGCGCCAGGUGACGUGUCUCCGAUCAGUAUGUCACCUAUCAGCCAGUCACAGUUCAUUCCGCUGGGGGAGAUCUUGUGCCUGGCCAUCUCUGCUAUGAACUCUGCCCACAAGCCUGUCAACCAGGAGGCUCUGGUGGAGCACCUCACUGCCAGCUUCCCAGGCGUGCCUACACCCAGCUCAGAUGUUCUGCGACAUACCCUGAACAUGCUGGUGCGAGAGAGGAAGAUCUACCCAACUCCAGAGGGCUACUUCAUUGUCACCCCCCAGACCUACUAUAUCACUCCUUCCCUCAUCAGAACCAACAACAAGUGGUAUCACCUUGAUGAUCGGCUGCCAGAGCGCCAAACGCAACAGUCGCAGCAGCAGCAGCAGCAGCAGCAGCAGCAGCAAUCUCAGCAAUGCACUUCGCCUCAAUCUGGCAACGUCACACCAUCCACACCUGGCUGCCUGAGAGAGAGGCCUCCUCGGAAGAAUCACAGUGAGUCAUACAACUCCUAUCGCGAGGACCCACCCAGACUUCACACCUCCGCUCUCCAAAGUAAGUCACCAAAGGAGCACAGGGGAGAUUCUUACCAAACUAAGCCGCCCAAGGAUCACAACAGUGGGGAACCACCACCAAGCACGUCUGCCAAGGAGCACCGAGGGGAACCGCCAUCAUACCCCUAUCCCCCUCUUCCCACUUCCCCUGCUGUCCAGCAACCUCCGCCUCAAGAUCCCACAGAAAAGAACAAAAACAUCACUUCUUUCCCUUAUAAAACUGACACUCUGACCAAAAAGAAAGAAGGAAGUGGUGCUGUAAGUGGCGAGAAGCAAUCCAAAAGGUUUGGUCUCAGGCUCUUUAGGCUGAGUUUCAAGAAGGACAAAAUGAGGCAACUGGCCACCUUCUCAGCCCAGUUCCCCCCUGAGGAGUGGCCUCUUCGUGAUGAAGAUGUGCCAACCACUCCUAUUCCCCGUGAAGUAGAGAUGGAGAUAAUCCGCAGAAUCAACCCCGACCUAACAGUAGAGAAUGUGGCAAGGCACACGGCUGUGAUGAAGAGGCUGGAGGAAGAGCGUACCCAGAAGAACAAGGCAGGGUCUUCAGCCCAGCACAGUGCACGCAGCAGGAGGGGGAGGGGCCACAGGAGGGCCCCACAUGGUAAGUCCCGCUCACACAGCAAGCCCCGAACCUCCAGGGGAGACCCGUCUGAGGGUUCAAACUGGGACCUUUUGUUCAUGGAAAGGGAUUACCGCUUCUUUAGCCACUCGUUAGUACGCUCGCCUAGGGAGGCCAUGUACACCUUGGAGCGCAGGCGAAGUGGAGGUGCAACAUACCUGGUCCAUAGCAACCCCAACAUUACUGAAUCUUACUGCCCUGUUACCCCUGAGUGGGACGUGUCUGGAGAGUUAGCCAAGAGACGGACUGAGAUGCCCUUCCCAGAGCCGUCGCGCGGGACUUGCCAGUCCAGAGUGCAAAGAAGUCACAGUCACAAUCAGGACAGGAAGUCACGUCAUGAGAGGUCAGACCAAGCGAAGGAACGCUCUCGGUCCAUGGACAACUCCCUCAAGGGCCCGACACUGGGGGCGCCAGAAGACUUUGAACCCAGUCUGGAGGAACGUAGUCAUUACUACACCGAUGACGGCACUCUACGUGCCACGCAGAAGUCCUCCCACUACUCAAGGAUCAUGUUCUCUGCUGCUAAGUUCCACUCUGAUUUUAAUGUGCCUGAUUUGGGGAAAGGGAGUUUGGACGAGUCCAGGAUCCGGAGUACGAUGGAGAGGAACAAAAGCAGAGACAGCUUGCCUACAUACAAUGAGCUAAUGGGACUUUCUCCUAAGCCCUCAACAGAUGAGUACUUCCAGUGCAAUACAUCAAAUGAAACAAUCCUAACUGCCCCUUCGCCUCAGGCAAAAUCAGAAUAUGACACAUUAACCUCAUCAGGGGGACUCCGAAAGGGCUCUCCGGCUGACCGCCAAACGCCUCACCUCACCUCUCCUCAUACGAUGGAGUACAAAGAGGACUUGUCGGCAGCAAAGGGACAGAACGGCUCAGUGCGAAUGACGCCAAGCCAGACGCCGGAGCCGGUACAAAAUGCCCGUUUGACGCCACACCAACACAAUGUAGAUCCCGGAGGGGGAGGAGGCGGUAUGGUGAUCAAGAGGAAAGAGAUCUUCAGCAAGGACACUUUGUUCAAACCUCCACACAAUGCCUUGUCCACAGGCUACGUGGACAGCAGCUACACCAAGUCCGGCACAUUGCGGAAAGCCUCACAUGCCAAAUCGACCGAGGCCCUAGACAAUCCUGAGCCCCAGCAGCCUUCCAAUUCAGCCGCUUCCUCAGCGUCACCUGCAGUUUUACAGGGCUGCUUAGAGCCAACAGUCCCCUCCGCCUCCUUUGACUAUUAUAAUGUAUCAGAUGAUGAGGAAGAGGAAGAGGCAGAGGAGGACUCGCACAAAGAGUUGGCUAAGGCAGAGGACAACAAAGACCACGGGGAAGGGGGUGGUAAUGGUGGAGGCAGUGGUGGUGGUGGGGAGGGAACCAUGCAGUGGCUACUGGAGCGGGAAAAGGACCACGAUCUGCAGCGGAAACUGGAGACCAAUCUGACCUUACUCAGCCCCAAGGAGACAGACAACAGCAACAGCCAGAAGUCGGCCCACUCUGCCCGUUUGGACAGCAUGGACAGCAGCAGUGUCACGGUGGAUAGUGGAUUCAACUCUCCCAGGACGCGUGAAAGCCUUGCAUCCAACACAUCCAGCAUUGUGGAAAGCAAUAGACGUCAGAAUCCAGCGCUGAGCCCCGGCCACAUUGGCACCAGUAGUAUCGGACUGCCAUUCAGCUUUCGCGCCAUCCCAGAACCCCCCACCACACAGCCUGAGAAACUCCAGAAGUCAUCGAACUGCCUGGCCUCCAUCACCAGCGUCUGAUAGGCAGCACAGACUGAGAGCCUGAAGGUGGUGGAGGAGAGACGAAGUGAGGUGUUUCACCAUUUUGACCCUCGCUUUCCUCAACCAAUACACACACAUACACACGCACACACAUAAACACACACAUCAGACUCCUGAGAAUCCAUUUACUGGGACUGUUACAAAAACAGGCAUGGCUUCAAGAGACUGUUCCCACAGCUUCAAGAACUUUACUGCAAAAAAAGAGAAGAAAAACUACAGAAUAUCAAGACCACUGUAGGUGAAGAAACCUACCUGAAGUACUUUGAUUUUGGUUGACAUGGACUCUAGUUUGGCUUAUAUCAAGAUUCUUGACUAUUGGUAUUGGAAAGUAGUAGACUAUAGGAUUCAAGUUACAUUUGGAAAUAUCAAAAACUUUUUAUAUUACUUAACAAUACAUGUCCAAUUAAAUGUUCUCCUUCCUGAAAUAGCGUCAAGUUAUUCAGGACGAUUCAAUGUAUCAGCACAAUGUCGAGACAAUAAAAGUUGAUCCUGAGAACAAUGAAUGAAAGAUAUAAAAACACAAAUCAGUUCAGAUUUGUGUACCGCAAUGCAAAUUAUGUAUGUAUACUCGAUACUUUUGAUAUCCUAAUUAUUAUAAUGGUGGUAUUAAAGAUGCUAUGUGACCAAAAAAAUGAUGUUUGGACAAAAUGAGCUGCACACUCACCCUCACAAACAUACUUCACACUUCUCACCACAAGGUUCAUCUAGUAUCCGAUCUGGAGCUUUCAACCGUGUCACAUGGUCUUCUUCAGCAGGUGGGAUUGGCCAAGUUGUCAGGGAAUUGUAGAUGUUGAAAUUUCCAUUUUCUGUGCACUUUAAGGACUUUUGUUGUCCAUGUUAGCUUAAAAUGUAAGCUUGAGCUAAAUAAUUUGUUCUUAGGUAUGGAAACUGCAGUUGAAAAGACAAUCUUACCACAAGGUCAAUUUGUAGAUGUUCUGGAGCUCAAUUAUAUUACGUGAUCUUCCUCAGCAGAUGAAGUAUGCCCAGUCAUUGUCAUUAAAUUGUAGAUUUUAUAGCUAGUUUCGUCAACUACUGUUUCCAACAAAAGUCAUGAAUUAACUUUUCAGUCUCAUCGCAGUUACCACUUUAUUAGGAGGAAAUUAUUUGAAAUUAUUACAUUAGAGACUAGGGUAGAUACCAUUAGGAGCAAGUGAGAAAAUAUGUUUCUAACUUGGGUGAAAUGGGCCUUAAGUUUGGCCUGAACAUGCAGUGAUGGUUACAGCGUUCUGACUGCAGUUCUCUGUAUGAACUGUAGAUGGAGCCAAAGUUAAAACACUGGCGCAGAUCUCUCCAACUCUCCAAAAUGUACACUGCUCAGGCAAACAGUGAAAGUACAGGCUGACCAAGUGCGCCUGACCCAGUCCUACAAUAGAUGGUGUUAAUCCAACAUCUACAACACAAUCACCACAGAGCCUUUCUCUUUUAAUAAACGUUCAAAUUAAAGGUAUUGUUUCACCGUAAAAUAGGCAUUCAUGAGUUUUACACAUGUUCAAUCAAUGUUCUGUAUUCAUCUCAGAGAAGCUCAAGCUAACAUAAAAACCCUACAACCAUUUAUUUUAAGUAAAAGCACUUAAAAAAAAUGACUUUUGGGAAAUGGUUAAAGAUUCAUUUCAGAGCACUGA